AUAUUUUCUGGGUCCACAGAGAAAUAUAAGCAUUGGCAUAUGUAAUUUUUCAAGCUCUCUGUGCAAGAUACAUUUGUAAACGAAACUGGGAUUUGAAGUCAAGAACCGAUAAACAAACUUAUAAGAAUGAAAAUCAAAUCACAAAUCCAGCUUAUGCAAUACAUCCUCUCAGUUUUGGCAUCUUGUGCCCAUACCGGUUUCUACUUCUGUGAACUGCUCAUCUGCAUCGGUGUUCUGAUAUACAGCUCAGCUUUUGUGUAUGUUUUGACGUGUUUGAGUAUGUUUGACAGUCUUGAUAUUCUAAUCUAGCACUAUGAAAUUGUGCAGCCCGUUCCUCUCCGUCCUUGUGCUGUCUGUUCUGUGUGAGCCCUCCAAAAAAAUGCUGUGAAUGGGGUUAAGUGGUGGGUUAAGAAAUGAAAUAUUUUUCAACACCAUAGAUGCAAACCCCCUCACUAAGGCCAGGUGCAGGACAAAAAUGUGAGGAACAUCCUGGUUGGUCAAAGCAGUGCGUGUUCUAGUAAGACAUUGUCAGUUGGGGUUUUUGGUGCGCAGCCUUCUAUUUUCUUUUCCAUUAGAAUAAAUUAAUCAAUUUCCAUUCACUCAGCAUGCUGUUUGCACAUACAGUAAUGGACUAGAUUAAUUUGACUGGCCUUUCAGCCUGGCCUUUUUGUGCAUGCAGCCUAACGUGUGACAUCCAAAAUAUGCAAUUUUGCCAUAAUGUCAUAGAUUACUCCAAAUGCACAUGCCCAGAUCCGCAUUCAGUAUUGUCACAUUUGGUACUUUGCUUAGUUGGUGGAGAUUACGCAAUGUUGUUGGUUUUUUGUUGUUUUGUUGGUAAUCUGUGCUAAUAUUGUUAUUUGUUUCUGUAAAAUAACUAUUCUUUUUUUGUUGGUGAUAAAAAGGGGUUGCUCUAAUGUUCCAAGUAGACUGAAUGUAAUUAUGUUAUGUCCCCUAAAGUCAAAAUCCUAUGGUUAAAUCUGCAGGAAAAAGGCACCCCAUUUACUUUUUUUAUUUAUAUAUAGUUUUCAGUGUCAGUAAUUUAUUGGGCUGUAAUCGGUCAAGUACUGGUUUGAAACUAUUUUUUUUCUCUAUAAUUUGAUGGGAUUGCAAAGAUGUGGUCUGACUAUGGUUUGCACAACAACUUCCAAUACAGUAACUUAAUGUAACUCCUCAUUGAGUUGUUAAUUGACAGGAUGCUUUGCUCUGUUGGGCCACAGGAGGGCGACGUGUCACAGUGUGUUAUGGAAUUAAAUAUCCUCUAUCUGAGGGGGAUGUGUGCAUAUUCUGAUGGUGUCAUAUUGGCACGCAAAAAAUCGUUAAUGGAAAAAGUCAGCUCACAGUUCUUUUUCGACGUGGAAUAGCAUUUUGUGUUGACACAAUUUUCGUUCAAUACCUACGUUAAAUUUUCACCAUCCUUGCUAUGUGUACAUGGACGUUAUCUGACAGUGGAAUAUAAAUAUGUUUGAGAAACAGAUUCAGUCCAUGUAUCCGCUAUAUUCUUCAUAGAAGAGUUGGGGUGGUCUUGAUGACGAGGCAUAGUAUUUAAUUAGGAAUGCGACAGGUCUGCAUUUUGCACUGGAGCAUUGAUGGAGAAAAUCAUGGAUGCAAGGAGUUUGGUUCGCGACUGACGCGGAGUGCCUGGUGUCAUCGUGGGUGGGAAACAGACGCAAGAAAGAGCGUACCCCAUCCCCCCGCCUUCUUCCCUGCGGGCGGCUCUGACGCGCACGCGUGCUAAACCGUGUGGGAAUGGCUGGUGUGUGAUCGGGGGUUGGGCCGCUGGAAGCGAACGCAGAGUUAAAGAGUUUUUAAUGUCCGCCAUGUUGGCCAUGGCGUAUUGAACUAGGGAGAGGGAGCGGAGCUACGGAAAAAAAGAGACCGAGAGAGAGCGACCAAGAUCCGGGCCUUCCCGGCUCCGUUCUUCUCGCCAUACCCAUAUUUUGUAACCAAUCGAACGGUAGACUCCUGGAGAACGUCACAGUUUCAUCAAUGAGAACUAACAUUUGUACAGUUGUGUUUCGUAGGGUAUCGGAUAGAUAUAUGCUGCAUCUUUCAUUAUAAAAAAUGAGUAAAUUGUCGUUUCGGGCACGGGCGCUGGACGCUACCAAGCCUCUACCCGUUUUCCGCUGCGAGGAUUUGCCAGACCUGCACGAAUAUGCCUCAAUUAACCGGGCGGUGCCGCAGAUGCCGACGGGGAUGGAAAAGGAGGAGGAAUCGGAGCACCAUCUCCAGAGGGCCAUCUCGGCGCAGCAGGUGUAUGGGGAGAAGCGGGACAGCAUGGUGAUCCCCGUGCCCGAGGCCGAGAGCAACAUCCCCUACUACGACUCCCUCUACCCCGGGGACUUCAAGAUGCCAAAGCAGCUCAUACACAUCCAGCCCUUCAGCUUGGAUGCGGAGCAGCCGGACUAUGACCUGGACUCGGAGGACGAGGCAUGUAUGCAGCAGCUGCAGAAGAGGAUGGAGCUGGGGGCCAUGCAGUUCGAGGAGAUGAUCGAGCGGCUGGAGAAGGGCAGUGGGCAGCAGCUGGUGACGCUGCAGGAGGCGAAGCUGCUGCUGAAGGAGGACGACGCUUUGAUCCAGGAGGUGUACGAGUACUGGAGCCGCAAGCGGAGAGGCUGCAGCAGCGGCUCCCUCAUCCCCACCGUCAAGCAGGAGAAGAGGGACGGCUCCAGCACCAACGACCCCUACGUGGCCUUCCGCAGACGCACAGAGAAGAUGCAGACGCGAAAGAACCGUAAGAAUGACGAGGCGUCGUACGAGAAGAUGCUGAAGCUGCGUCGGGACCUGAGCCGCGCCGUCUCUAUCCUGGAGAUGAUCAAGAGGCGUGAGCGAAGCAAACGGGAGCUGCUCAGCCUCACGCUCGAGAUCGUGGAGAAGAGGAACAUCAUGCCUGACUUUGGUGAUGAGGUGAUGGCUGAGGCGCUGGCCCAGAGGGCCCUGGUGAAGCCGGUCUACAACAUGCCCCUGCUGCCCCUCUCCAGUGGACAGAUACGACACCACGACCUCCUGGAGCUCAAGGACUACAGGAGCAAGCCUGAGAAGACGGAGGUGGUGCGCACCAAGAGGAAAUAUGAGAAGAAGCAGAAGGCUCCCCUGUCGGCCCCCCAGCACAGCGGCCCCGCCCUCUUCAACCCCAAAGACCUCAACCAGUACGACUUCCCCAGCUCAGACGACGAGCCCUACACUCAGAUCCACUCAGGUUCGUCCGAGGCAGAGGAGGAGAACGACCCAGAUGGAGUGUUUGCCUUCAGGAGGAAGGCUGGCUGCGUAUACCACUCAGCGCGGUCUGAGAGUGGCGGGUGGCCGUGGAGUGAGGAGGGGGGCUCUGGAGACUCGCGUUUCCGCUUCUCCCUCACCUCCCUCAGCAGCCCCCCACACUGCCUGGGACUCGCGCGCAGACGCCUCGGACGAGGGGGCAGGAUCGUGUUGGACCGGGCCUCCUCGGACCUGGACAGCGUGUUCCAGCGGCUGGACUCCAUGUCAGACGCCGACCUCUCCUCCCCCCUGCACUCCUCCAGUACCUCAGACACACACACGGACAUGGACACGGACGCACACCACACCACACGCCCCCCAACCACGGACAGGACCCGCGGGGACGGCAUUGCAGCCUCCACCGCCUCUAUGGACACAACCACCACCACCACACACAACACAGACACGCACAACACCUCAACACUCUCCUCCUCGCUACAGCAGCAGCAGCAUCCGUCGCAGUUGCCCAGGCAACUGUCGUCGGGCUCAGCAUCAGCAUCGCGUUGCCUGGCGUCUGAGCUGCGGCAGGUGCUGCUGAACAUCAGGGCGCGCCGCUGGAGGCACUUCCGCCCUCGGACGCACGCCGACAGCCAGUCGGCCGCCGCCCUGGCCGCAGCUGCUGCCGCCGCCGCGUCACGCCGAGCGCUUCGCGGGAUUGGCCGAGGGGGAGCCGGCGCCGGGCAGGGACGAGGCACGCCGUUGGUCGUGGUGACAGCAGAGCAGUUCCAGCAGCAUCAGGAGCAGCUGGCCCUCAUGCAGAAAGAUCAGCUGGAGCAGCAAGCCAAUCAGACCUUCACGCCCGCACAGACGGCCCAGACUCUGGACUCGGCGGGUGCCCAGUUUGCUGCGUCGGCUCUGGUGACGGCAGAUCACCUGCUGACCCUGAAGGUGAAGGAGGAGGGCGGAUCGGGAGGAGGAGUCAACGGGGUCCUGCAGCCCUCAGGUGUGUACAAGGGCUUGCUGCUCCCCAACACCACCUCCAGUCCCUCGUCAGCAUCCUCUGGCGUUUCCUCGGCAACCACCCCAGGCUCCGCCUCCUCCUCCACCCCUAACAAUGGCAGUAGCAGCAGCAGCUCUGGUGGCGGCCACACGGCCUCGUCCACGACCGCGCCCCCCAAUGCCCACCUGUCGUCGCUGGGUAACCACGCCAACCCAGGGGCCAACGCGGCGCCGCCCGUGCUGAUCGGCAACAACCUGCGGCUCAGCAUGCCGGCCCCGGCCGCCCACCUGAGCGCGCGGCACCACCUGCCCCGCAGCCUCAGCGUCAGCCCCGCCGCCCUCAAGCUCAACAACAACUGUCAGAUGCCCAAGGUGCCCUCGGCCGCCAGCAACAUAGACCUGGUGCCCAGGGAGAACCAUGAGCAGGAGAAGUCCCUGAGCAGCUUGGCGGAGACCACAGUAGCGAUGGAGGUGACGUAGUGAGCUGGACGGGGGGAGGGGCCCUAAAACGCCGCUCCACCUGUCCAUCAACCCGGUGCUAUGCACCAAUCACCAACCGGGGAUGCAAAGGGACAGCCGUCGGUCGCUAACGCUCGGCCGCCCGCCGUGGUGCGUUUCCACGGCAACGGCCAGUCUGACUGCGGACUGGACAGCAACGACUCAUCUCUCUGCCGUUUUUUUGUUUUUUUUGUUUUUGUUUGUUUGUUUUUGUGUGUUCCUCUCUUUGUUUCCUGGAUUACCCCAAUCUCCUCCCCCGGCCCAGUUUUUCGUCUCUCCCCCACCCCCCUUCUUUUUGUACAACUUCACGACUUUGCAGACCUUCGAAAAAUGAGAGCAUCCACUGUACAGGAACUGUGUCUGGACUCCCUGUAUAUAAGUUACUUGAAUACAGAAACUGUUCAUUUGUGAUGUUUUGCACUUGGGAAUCAACAUAAAAAAGAUAAAAAAUGAAAAUGAAAGAGUAAAAAAAUGAAAAAACUGCAGAUAGAGUGGGGGCGAGUCUUGGGUGGGUAAAAGGUGCGGGGUGGGGGGGGUUAGCGGGGGCAUUUGAGAGAGGCAGUUUGUCUGUCUGUCAGGGGGAAGAGGGUGGGGGAGUGAGUGAGGGAGAGAGUGAGGAUGGAAAGGCAUGGUGCCAACCCUGCUGUUUUAUUUAUUGUGAGUGUUUACAAUUUUAUUUUUAUUUUAUGUUUUUUUUUUCCUUUUUGUAACUUUUGUAUACUCUGUUCCUCCCUCACUCCCUGUGUGUGCGUGUGUGUGUGUGUGUGUGUGUGUGUGUGUGUGUGUGUGUGAGGGGUUAAAUCGUCUGUACCUCUCUCAUUUGGGCACUGCUGUCACCAUCCCCUUUCCUCCACUCCCAUGCGCCCUCCCCCUUUUCCCAAUCAGCUGCUCGAUACACUCAUAAUCCCCCUCAAACCACCCACCCCCUCCACCUUCACACACACACACACACACACACACACACACAUACACACACACACGUACGUUCCCCCUCUCCCCCUCUAGACAGCUACACACCCUGGUUUUCCUCUCCUCCUCCCCCACUCUGUCUGUAUACAAGAGGCUAUUUUUCUACUGGUUCCGUUUGUUCAUGUCAUGUUUGGGUGUUUUUGUGCUAAAGCAACAGACUUUCUCCGCCCCUCGAAACCCCCCCCACCCCCACCCCUACACACACAUACACACCCUCACCCACGGGGUCCUCUGUAGAUCUCGCAGUCAUCAUUCCAACCCCCCUGGCUCUCGUAUAGCUCUUUAUCCCUGACACACGCACACACACACUUGAAAAAAAGGCACAUACCAGCACCACAUUCACACCUCUAUUAAAACACCUUUCCCUUCCAAACACACACCCUCUUAUCCCAACCGUUGAUGCCUCCUAACCCACACCCCUUACCCCUUGGCCUCACAACACGGACACAUGUUCCCCCAACGCGAAAGCAUCGCAGCGCGGGACCCACGUUCCCCAACGCGAAAGCAUCGCAGCGCGGGACCCACUUUUCCCAACGCGAAAGCAUUGAAUCGGAUCGCAUCGCAUCGCAGCGCCACCGUGAAGGGUAGCAGCACCUGGUCUCUUCUGUGAAGAGGUAGCAGCUUGGCACGGCUACACUGGCGUAGCCUGGGUGCCCCUGCUAACUGGCACCCACUUAGACACCCACCCGCCCAUUCCCAUCCCCCCUCCUCCUCCCAUGUCCACCCCCCACCUCCCCCCUUACGCCCUAUACAGACAGGAUAAAUUUAUCAACAAAGUCUGCAGAAAUGAAUGAACGAACGAAAGAUGGAAGAAAAAGAAGAAAAAAAAAGAUUUUAAAAUGGAUGGAAGAAAAAAAAAACUGAAUGAAAUGAAUAAGAAUUAAAAAAAAAAAAUGUGAGGACUCAGUGCGUGAAUCAGACAAUAAAGCCCAGGUCCAUAUAUGUGAGAUGCUCUCGUCUCUUGUGGAUCAUUUAUUUAUAAAAAUGA